GCCUGAGCGGCCGCCAUGGAACCCCGCGCGGUGGGAGCGGGCCCGCCGAUCCCCGCCGGGACCCCGCGGCCGCCCGCGCAGGUGAUGGAUUCUCCCUACGCCAACGGAGCCUACAGCCCCCCGUACCCGCCCUAUGCCAGCCUGCCGCAGGCACGGGGCUUCUACUGCUCGGGGCCCUCGCGCUGCCCGUACCCCACGGAGCCCACGGGCCUCUACCGGCCCCCAUCGCCCGCCCCGGCCUGGAGCUUCGGCCCCCAGGAGUGUCCGAGCGAGGGCUCGGCGCUGCGCAGGCACCACGUGCCCGGCUACUCGCCCCCGCAGACCCCAGGAAUGCCCAUCCCGCAGUACCCCUAUGGGGACAGCAGUGCAGGGGUGACAGGGCAGGGUCCUGUGCCACAGCCCAGAGCCCCGGAGGACACGUGGGGUCCCCACUCUGUGUACGGGGUGCAGCCACGUUACGCUUGGCCCGCAGCCCCGGGGCACAGCAACCUCUACAUCUCUGAUUCCCAYCCAUCCUGGAGCAGCAGCGGGGUCCCUUCCCACCCCUCCAGCUGGGACUCACACGGACAGGAGCCUGUGUACGACAGAGCUGAGCAAAGCCCACASCAGCACAGUUACUAUGCUGAUGUCCAGCGGCCCUCGGGGACACUGAACGAGCACAGGGUGGCCAAGGUUGCCCCGUGCCAGCCCCGGGUGCAGUACAGUGCCCAACCCCAGCUCUACGAGCUCGCCCCACGCAAGCCUGGCACAAACCCUGCAGCCAUCCAGCCUGAGAUCCAGAGGAUCCUCCACGUCAUGGGCGAGGCUGAGCAGCUGGAAGAAGAGGUGGAUGAAUUUGUGGGGAGAAAGACAGAUAAAUCCUACCGGCUCCUGGAGGAGAUGCUGACCAAGCUGCUGCUGGAGCUGGAUUCCAUUGAGACUGGGGGCCAGGACAGUGUCCGGCAGGCCAGGAAAGAGUCCGUCCACAGAAUUCAGGCCAUACUGGAAAAACUGGAAAGAAAGGGAUUGUGAAAGCAUGUCAGCCACAAGGCACACAGCCUGUUGUUGAGGUUCCAAAGAGUUUCAGUUCUCUCAAAUCUCAGUUCGUUCUGUCACGCACUAUUGACAAUGGAAUAGCAAUAAGCCCUGAGUCAACAGAUUGAAACAAACCCACCAAAAAGCCAUCCCAGAAGCCCAGCCCUGAAAA